AUGUUUGAGGAGGUCGUCGGCACCGCACUCAAUGUCAUCAUGCCCUUAGACAAGUGCACCAGCGUUAUCAUUGAUAAUAAGGAGAUCUACUUAUCCGUCUUCACUCUCACUCAUCUUAGAGACAUGCCACAGCAAAACACCAACUCGGGAGUCUUGGGCCCCACCGCAGCCAAGUUUUGUCGAUUUUGCUACGUCGGUAAGAAAACAUCAGUCACUGCCAUCAAGGACAUCAAACCGACGGGCAUGAUUGACUUUAAUGAUAUCCGCAAUGGCCGCUACCACUACCAGGACCGAGAGAUGCGUCACCACGCCGAGACAUUGUCUACCACCGAAAAACAAGCCUAUAUGUCCCAGUGGGGUAUAACGAAGCCAUCAACGCUCGAAGAUAUCUCUCCUACUCUCAAUCCGGUCAUGAACCGAGUCCCAGAUGCUGCCUACUCAGAGGACAAUAGUUUUACAAAUCUCUUUCAUGAUUUGCUCAUGGGCGGCAUUAUGACUAAGGCCGCUGUGAAAGACUAUGGUUGA